CGCGUAAGCCGGAAGUGGAGCCCAUCCGCAGUUUCCACAAUGAUGAGACUGGUAAGUCGUCAAUUGUCGCUUUCUUUCAUCGUAUAAUUAAAUGAUUUGAUCAAGUUCGGUUAUUUGGUAUGGCAAACAUGUUACUAAGACAUCUCAUCGUGAUGUUGCAUCGUGCUGGGACGUAUGGACAUAAGAAACCUCUCAUCCAGAGAAGUUAGCUUGCACGCUAACAUUAUCUGUUAGCUAGGAUUUGUUUACAUGUUAGGCCUAUUUAACAAACUGGUUAUUUUAUGACAAUAGUCACCUAACAAAUCAUGAACACUAACAAAUCAAUAUCUACAAUAUCUAGUGAGGUUAGUUAAGUUGUUAGCUAAGUGCCUAUCACACACUGGACAUGUAACAAUCCAGGUAUUGGCUGUCUAGCUAGCUAGCUGACGUUAGCUGGUUAACGGGUGUCACUGUUUUAACAUGCAAUGGAUGAGCUAUGCAGGUUAUAGCAUUUUAAAAUCACGUGUAUGGAGUGAUGAAUGUUUUCUUCCAUAUGUUUCUAGGAUGACAACGAUGAUGACGUCUCCCUGUUUGAUGCAGAGGAGGAUACAGGCAGAGGAGGAAAGUCAAAGAAGACUAAAAUCAAGUAAGUUGGUUCAGCAUUGCACUCAGUGGCUCAGCCAGGAAACGGUAUAAUGCAAUGGCUCUCAGCCCUGAAUAGAAGCGACAGACCCAUUCAACCUACUGUAUUGUAUAUUCAUGCUCUUACCGUGUUUUCCAGACAUCCAGUGGCCUCCUUCUUCCACCUAUUCUUCAGAGUGAGUGCCAUCCUGGUGUACCUGCUCUGUGAGCUCCUCAGCAGUAGCUUCAUCGCCUGCAUGGUCACCAUCAUCCUCUUCCUGUCAGCUGACUUCUGGACCGUUAAGGUAGACCCUAAACAGUAGUAGAACAGGCUAUAGAACAGUUAAUAAUAAUAAUAAUAGAUCAGUAACAGCAAUAGAAUAUCGAUAGAACAGCAAUAUAAUAUCAAUAGAACAAGUGUAGAUAUUGUCAAACCUCUUUCGCUUUAAGUAAGUAGCCUAAUGAUGUAUUAACUCCACUACUAUAUUUCAGAACAUCACAGGGCGGUUGAUGGUGGGCCUGAGGUGGUGGAACCAGGUGGAUAAAGAUGGAAAAAGCCACUGGGUGUUUGAGUCCAGAAAGGUAGAUCACACACAUCCCAGUCCUUCUGGGCAGACAGUAACUAACUACCCAACUAACUACUACCCUGGGCAGACAGUAACUAACUACCCAACUAACUACUACCCUGGGCAGACAGUAACUAACUACCCAACUAACUACUACCCUCUACUGAAAUACCUUCGACUGUAGGGUAAAACCUAGUUCCAUAGAACCAGUAUCGACUCUGGAUUUUGAUGUCAUAGGGUAAAUCCAUUUGAAUUCAAUCACUUUUUUGACAGCAUCCCUUUUGAUUUAAACAAAAUGUUCCAUACAUGUUUGCCCAUGAAAGAAGUGGUUAGAAAGUGACUGACUUUUUGGAUGUGAAUGUCAAGAUAAAGGUGCUCAGUUGACCCAUUUUGCAUACCCCACCAUACCAUGAGACAUCCAUGUCUUCAUCACUGGAAAAUACAAAUGGUUGAGUUUUAUAUACUUUAAAAGCUUACAAACAUUGUUGUCAAACUAUUUUAUUAUUUAUUGAAAAAAAUGUUUUUGAAUAAAAGAUCAUUUCAUUUUUAAACCUUUCAACGUCAAUUAUCUAAAAACGCGUGAACUGAUUUUAUUUCUUCAUAUUCACAUAUGUUGUAGUUUAGACCCUAUUUCACAUAAUCUGACAUUUUUGUGUUGUGCCUGCCAUCGGUUGAGACACAACAUGCUCUUGAAUACAGGGUGGGUGUAAUUUCAAUCAUAGAUAUAGAAUUCAUAGAAUGGACCUAUCCCUUCAGACAACUGCAAUUUAGCUGGUACAACAUUGAAAUUGAAUAGAAAUGUUAACUUCUAAUUACUGCCACAAAGAUGGCCGCCGGUCCACCCACCAUCAAAUGUCAAUGUAAAUGGUAAUAUAUUUCUAUGAUUUCAGUAGGUUUCCUAUGGAGGAUUGACAGUGUAAUUUAAAACAACAGAUAUUCCCAUUGAAGUCAACGUUCUCGAAUGUGUGGACCUCCAACCAUCUUUGUGGUACCACUUGAAAGUUGCCAUUUCAAAUUUUAUUCCCAUUUUAGUACAUUUAUCAGCCAAAACAUGACACCACAAAAAAGGUGAACUCAUCAUGAGGGACCGCAGAGGCGUACCCACACCCACACAUGCUCUUGAGUCACAGAAAAAAAUAAUAUAUUUUAGAGUUCAUUUCCUGCAAUUCUACACAUUUUGCCAUGGGGCGGAGAGAAGACUUUGCAAUUUUUAUAACAAAUUUCAUGCAAUUUUAAACAGUGUGUGGAAAGAAAUGUUUGCAGUUUUUAAUAUAUCAGAGUGAGCGUGACUAACAAAAUCAAUGGGUGCCCCCUGGUUGGUAAUUCGACCAUGAUUAGCUGGCUAGACUAACUUACCAAUCAAAACAAUUGUUAGCUGACAUGGGCUAAUUGAGUGACUGUCAGUGAGUGACAUAACAAGAGAGAAACUGCUGAUGCACAACCACAUUUCUAAAUUGCAUCUUGUGUAUUCUGCUAUUCUAACUCUCAACAGUAAGUUGAGACCCCUGUUUGAGUUCCACAUUUGUUUUUUUUCCAGUUGCCCAUCCCUGCCUUCAAUUAUGUAAAUUAUUGUCUAAGAUAAAGCAAAUGCAAAUAUGCUUUAUCUUUUUUUCAUUUUUUCUCUCCAGAAAUUAUAAAAUAGUAUGACAACCCUGUUUGUAAGCUUUUAUAUCAUAUAAAUCUCAACCAUUUAUCUUUUCCAGUGAUGAAGACAUGGAUGUCUCAUGGUGUGGUGGGGUAUGCAAAAUGGGUCAACUUUGAGCACCUUUAUAUCUCCUGAACGUUUUUGCAUUCAGGUCCAAAAAGUCACUUUCUGAGCACUUCUAUAGUGGGCAAAUACGUAUGGAAGGUUUUGUUCAAAUCAAAAGGGGUGCAGUCAAAAGUGAUUUGAAUUCAAAUGGAUUUACUCCAUAACAAAGCCUAUUAGUUAGUUUUAUCUGACUCCACCUACUGUAUACAAUCUUGGGGUGCACAUUCUUUUGGAUACACUCAAAGCAUUAUAACCCUCAAUCCUAGAAUUGACCCAAAAACGUUAUAUUGCCAAAUAUAUAUAUAUUUUGUAAAUAUUAUUAUUUUUUAAAUAUAUUAAAUGUUGUUGUUUUUUGGGGGGGGGGUAGAUUAGCUUAAUAUUGCAGAUAGAUUGUAACUUCCAUCAGUGUAAUUGUCUGCAUCACUUCCAAUCCCCCAUGUUUUUUAUAUAUAUAUAUUCCCCUUUAUUACUUUCCAACCCCGCCACCCUUUCCCUACUUGGGGUAAACUAGUGAACAACAAUGCUUAGGCCUCUACUUCCAGCUUAUACUUACUAUCUACAUUUUAUGGACACAGUCAAUUUUACAAUAAUUAUAUAUAUAUAUAUAUAUAUAUUUUUUUUUUCUCCUGAACUUCUUCUACUCUCAACCUCUCCGAUCAUUUUCAUGAUGUCCAUCCGGUUUGCUUCCAUAUGCCAUAUCUUUCUAACUGUGCUCUUUCCCAAAAGCUCCCAACAUACAACCUAUAUACUUAUUAUGGACACAGUAUGCUUACAAUAUUAGUUAUCUUGUUAUUAUUUUGUUAUUAGUUGUUAUUAGUCCCAUCCUUCAGCUCCAUUCAACACCACCCAUCUGUCUCAUAACACCAUCCAUAUAGGAUUUCUAUUUGCCAUAUAUAUUUCAACUGUACUGUGAUGUUUUACAAAAAUUCUGAACCUUUCUAUUCUCAUUGUUUCUACAGAUUGUGAAUUAAAAAUAAACAUUUUUGCUAAAAGUAUUAUUAUAUUAUUGAUCGAUCGAUUGACUAUGACUUUUCAGAUCACCCAGUAAUGCUAUCUGCAAGGUUAGCUCCAGGUAAAUAUUGCAAUCCUUUAGCCAUUCCUGGACCUGUGUCCAAAAACAAGCUACAAAUGGACAGUACCAAAACAAAUGAUCUAAUGAUUCUGUCUCUUCGCAGCAAAAUCUGCAGAGCUGGGAAGAUUGUAUCCCCCAUAUAAAUAACAUUCUAUUAGUAGCAAUAAUUUUAUAUAAUAAUUUAAAUUGAAAGAUUCAAAUUUUUGAAUCCGGUGUCGUUUUGCGUAUCAGUUCAUAAAUACUAUGCCAUGGGAUCGGUACGUCAAAAAUCUCUUCCCAACUAAUUUGCAAUCUAUAUGGGACGGCUGUCAAUCAUUUGGUCCUUAAAUGAAACUGAUAUACUUUUUUAUUUAUCACAGUUUUCCUUAACCAAUUAUGUUCUUUAAUGCAAGGCCGACAGACAAGUUCCUUACUUUCUCCCCCUUCCACUUUCCUCUUCCAUUUUUGCGGUAAGGCUGCAAUUAUUUGGUUGUAAUUUUGAGUAGAGCAGACAUUUCCAUAUGUUUUUGUUAGCUGCAUGUGCGACAUAACUCCACCAGUCCUACCGAUGAUAUCAUUUACGAAUAUUAUACCUUUUUAAAACAUUAGGUCCAAAAAAAAAAAAGUUGUUUUGUUAAUUAGUAUAUUUGACUUUAACCACAAUAUUUGUUGCAUUAUUUGUUCUGUCGUUUCUGGAGGAUUAAAUUGAAAUUGCAACCAACUUUCUAUGGCUUGUUUUAGAAAUAGUGAUAUUUGGGAGAUUAUUUCCUUUUCAAAUAACUGAAAGUGAGUGGUUGUAAUCUGAAUAAAGGGAAAAAGGCCAUUCUUGAACAUUGGAUGAGACAAUCUUACUAAUUUGCUAGAGAAGCAGUUUGGAUUUAAGUAUAACUUUUGUAUGACUGAAGCUUUUAGUGAUAGGUCUAAUGCUUUAAUAUUUAAUAAUGUCUGUCCUUUCAUAUUCAUUAUAUAAAUAGGUCCGUUUAAUUUUGUCUGGCUUGCCUUUCCAAAUAAAAUUGAAUAUUUUUUUCUCAUAGAAUUUAAAAAACUGUUCGCUAGGCGUAGGCAAGACCAUAAGCAAAUAGGUAAACUGGGAUAAUACUAAAGAGUUAAUCAGGGUGAUUUUUCCACAAAUUGACAGGUAUUUACCUUUCCAUGGUAGCAAGAUCUUAUCUAUUUUUGCUAACUUUCUAUUAUAAUUUAUUGAAGUGAGAUUAUUUAUUUCCUUUGGGAUAUGUAUUCCGAGUAUAUCCACAUCACCAUCAGACCAUUUUAUUGGUAAACUACAUUGUAAUGUAAAAAUUGUAUUUUUUAGUGAUCCAAUACAUUUGUCAUAAUUUGGUUGUAAUCCAGAGAGGUUAGAAAAUGUAUCUAGAUCCUCUAUGAGGCUGUGGAGGGAUUCUAGUUGUGGAUUUAAAAGAAAACAUGAAUCAUCAGCGUACAAUGACACCUUUGUUUUUAAGCCCUGUAUUUCUAAUCCUCUGAUAUUAUUAUUGGAUCUGAUUUUAAUAGCUAACAUCUCGAUGGCCACAAUAAAUAGAUAUGCCGAUAGUGGACAACCUUGUUUCACUCCUCUUGACAGUUUAAAUCUUUCUGAGAAAUAGCCAUUAUUUACUAUUUUACACCUAGGGUUACUAUACAUGAUUUUGACCCAUUUUAUAAGAGAUUCUCCAAAAUUGAAAUGCUCCAGGCAUUUAUAUAUAAACCCCAGUCGUACUUUAUCAAAUGCCUUUUCGAAGUCUGCUAUGAAUAGCAGGCCUGGUUUCCCAGAUUUUCCAUAAUGUUCUAUUGUUUCCAAUACUUGCCUUAUAUUAUCUCCAAUGUAUCUUCCAUAUAAAAAACCUGUCUGAUUUAGAAUGAAUAAUAUCCGACAAUACCUUUUUAAUUAUAUGCGCUAUACAUUUUGCUAGAAUUUUUGCAUCACAACACUGAAGUGUAAGGGGCCUCCAAUUUUUUAAAUGGACUGGAUCUUUAUAUUUUCCACGUGUAUCCUGUUUCAGUAAUAAUGAGAUUAGACCUUCUUCUUGAGUGUCAGAUAAUCUACCAUUUACAUAGGAGUGGUUAAAACAUGCUAAUAAUGGUCCUCUUAGUAUAUCAAAAAAGGUUUGGUAUACCUCGACUGGUAUGCCAUCCAACCCUGGAGUUUCCCGGACUUAGUCUUUAAUUGCAUCCAGAAGUUCCUCCUCUGUAAUUUCACCUUCACAUGAGUCUUUCUGUAUGGCUGUUAAUUUUACAUUAUCAAUAGAAACAAAAUCUCUACAAUUAGCUUCAGUUAGAGGAGAUGGAGGCGACUGAAACGAAAACAUAUGCUUAAAGUACUUUGUUUCCUCCUUCAAAAUAUUAUUUGGUGAAUCAUGGGUUACUCCGUCAAUUGUAACCAGUUUCAUUAAAUUCUUUUUGGUAGCAUUCCUAUGUUGAAGAUUAAAAAAUAAUUGUGUGCAUUUUUCCCCAUAUUCCAUCCAGUUUGCUUUAUUUUUAUAAUAUAUUACACUUGAUCUUUCUUGAAUUAGUUUCUUCAUUUAUUUUUGUUUUUCCUCUAAUAUAUUUUGAGCCUCUAUGUUACAGUUGUUAUUGCCAUCUAUCUGUUCUGUUAGACUUUCUAUUUCCUUUCUUAGUAUAAACUCUUUUGACCUAAAUUGCUUUUGUUUUCGAGAUGAGUACUUAAUUGCAUGGCCUCUAAAGGCACAUUUUAAAGGUGUCCCUUACAAUAAGGGGAUUUGCUGUACCUAUGUUAUGUCGGGAAAAAGUCAGUUAUAAAUUCCUUUGUCCUAGUUAAAAAUAAAUUAUCAUCCAAAAGGCUUUCAUUACAUUUCCAAUAUCCAAUAUCCUCGCCCACGUGGAAAUUCAGUAAGAGUAAUGUAUAUGCCAAUUAUAUGAUGGUCCGACCGCAUUCUGUCUCCUAUCAACACUUUUUAAACUUUUGGUGCCAACGAGAAUGACAUAAGAAAGAAGUCAAGAUGACUAGCUUGAUUGAGUCUCCGCCAUGUGUAUCUCACUAGAUCAGGAUAUUUAAACCUCCAUAUAUCUACUAGUUCUAAUGUAUCCAUGACAUUCACGAUUUCCUUAAGAGCAUGUGGGUGAUUGUUUGUGGUGUGAUUUCCUUUACGGUCCAUUGAGCUAUUUAAAACAGUAUUAUAAUCCCCCAUCAUAAUAAUAUUGUCUUGAAUUGCUUGCAGGGUUAAUAGUUUAUUAUAUAUAUAUAUUGUCAAAAGUGUGGAUCAUCAUUAUUUGGUCCAUAAAGGUUAAUGAGCCAUAUAUGUUUAUGGUCCAAUAACAUAUUUGAAAUAAUCCAUCUACCUUGCGUAUCUAUUUGGACAAAAUACUUGCCAAAUACUUACUUGGUCGACAAGCUUAGUUGGCAUCCACAGAUGUGAGAAUAACCUCUCUUGUUGUCUAUUCACCUCAGGAGAAUUCGAAGCAGCUGGUGUCAGACUCCGAGACGAGGGUCUUCUGGCUGGGCCUGGUCGUGUGUCCUGUCAUCUGGGUCUUCUUUGUCUUCAGCACCCUCUUCUCCUUCAAGAUUAAGUGGCUGGUUAGUUUUAAUAUAAAUACUGUAUGUACCACUUAGCAGACACUUCUACCCAAAGUGGCUUACAGUACAGUGAGUGCAUGAUUCAUUUUCUUUGUCUACGGGGAUCACUAACGGGAAUUGAACCCACGAGCAUGGCAACGCCAUCGCCAUACACUCUCACUGUGAGGUUGCAUCAGUGUCAAAAGUCCUGUGUAAAUCCCUGUUGUCGUCAUCUCCUCUCCUCCACCCAGGCUGUGGUGAUCAUGGGCGUGGUGUUACAGGGGGCUAACCUGUAUGGGUAUGUUCGCUGUAAAGUGGGCAGUAGAACGAACUUCAAGGACAUGGCUACUAACUAUUUCGGACGGCAGAUUCUCAAACAGGUGACUUUUUUCUAAUGCACAGUCUUAAGAAUCUUUCAUUUUAAUUUCAGAAGUGUGCCCUUUGAAAGCUCCCUGACACACUUCAGGAGAAUCGGGAAACAACGUAGAUAGGCCUUCCCGGAAAAUGGACAAGAAUCGUUUGCAUUUAUUGGAUCAGUAUUUUGUAUCUAAUGUUUGUGUUUUUGUUGUGUGUGUUUUCUCUCUGACAGGCAAUGACUAAACAAGAGGAGUCAUAAAGAAGGACGACUACUCUUAAGAUUUUAACUUAUGUUUGCAUUAUUGUGAAUGCCACUGUAUAUCUGGAGUUUUACUAGUAACUAAUACUUAAUAGAAACCUUUCGGGACAUUGCUUACCUUUUGAAGAGUUUUCCCAUUUUGAUACCAUUUCAAGAGAGAAAUAGCAUAAUUUGUAGAUAAGGCUGUUUUUCCACUGUAGCUAUACUGACUCAAAGCAAAUCCCUUAUCUGUUUUGUUGUUUUGCAUAUUUGUUGCUUUGCCUAGACUUUAUACAAUACAAUUUAAAUGUUGUUUCUGACUUGUAUUAUACAAACAUGUUGCCUGUAUAAUAUUCAUGGUUGUAAAUAUAGAACAUCAAGGUCAUGUGUUCACGUGAGACGUCUUUUUGUGCAAAUACAUUUAUAACAUUUCCAAAAUGACCGGCAUGUUUUUUUUGGAGU